AUGAAAGCAUACUGGUUUGACAACCGCGAAGGCGACCAACGCGAAGAACAUGACUCCGGCACGCCCCUCCCUCCUUCCUACCUCUCCAACCUAGGCGUGCUGUACCACCACUGCCCCACCGUUUCCCAAGUCGACGAAAUCGCCAAAGAGCGCAGCUAUAAGAAUCGCGAUGAGAUCACAGUCUCCAAAGCCAGCAUGGGCGACGUUUAUGAGGAAAAAGUGCGCAUGUUCUUCAACGAGCACUUGCACGAGGACGAGGAGAUCCGCUAUAUUUUGGAUGGCGAGGGUUUCUUCGAUGUGAGGAGUUACGUUGAUGGGGAUCGGUGGGUGGAUGGAUGGAUGGAGCUGAUGAAUACCCAGUAUAUCAAAGCCAUGCGCCUUUUCAAGGAUGAGCCGAAGUGGACGCCUUUGAAUCGAGCGCCUGAAUUGGAGGAAAAUCCGCAUCGGAAGACCUACCUUCAGGACCGCAGCGCCGAAGCUGGCAUGAUGACAUGA